AUGUCGAAGAAGAUUCUGGUUGUAUUCACCUCGCACACCAAGCUCAUUGGGUCGGACCAUCCGACAGGUUACUACCUCCCCGAGAUCGCCCACCCGUACUACAUCCUCAAGGAUGCCGGCUACACUCUCGUCUCGGCUUCACCCAAAGGAGGCAAAGCGCCUCUCGAUCAGUCGUCCGUCGAUGCCUUCAAAGACGACGCUGACAGUGUCAAGUUCCUCAACGACACCGAAGCUCAGGACUGGGUGAACAACACCAAACGUCUCUCGGAGUUCUCUGCUUCUUCCGUCUCUGAAUUUGACGCCAUCUUUUAUCCCGGUGGGCACGGACCAUGCUUCGACCUACCCGUCGACACCACCUCGCAGGAGCUGAUCAAAACCUUCUACGAAGCAGGUAAACCCACCUCUGCCGUGUGCCAUGCUCCUGCUGUUUUCGCGGACGUCAAGCUCAGCGAUGGUAGCUACCUGGUCAACGGUAAGAAGAUUACCUGCUUUACCAACCAAGAAGAGGAACAGGCGGGUCUGACCAAGGCUAUCCCUUGGCUGGUCGAAAGCAGGCUGAUCGAACGCGGUGCCACGUUUGAAAAGGCCGAGCCGUGGGCCGAAAAAGUCAUUGUGGAUAAGACCGGCGGCAGAGUGUUGAUCUCUGGUCAGAACCCGGCUAGUGCUGCUGCGGUCGGAAGGCAGAUUCUGGCUGCUCUCCAGGCUUGA